GCCAGCCCGGCCGGCUCGCGAGGACCCCUCACGGCCAAGAUGGCGGCGCCCACGGGUCCGGCGCGCCGCCUGCUCGGCCUGGCGGUGACCCUGCGCCCGGGCUCGCGUGGGUACCGGGCGCCGCCGCCCCCGCGUCGCUCGCGCAAGCCGUGGUGGCCGGACCCGGACAACCUGCUGACCCCGGCCUGGCAGCUGCGGCCCCGCCACGCAGCCAAGCAGUUCGCGCGCUUCGGCGCCGCCUCCGGGGUGGACGCCGGCUCGCUGUGGCCGUCGCCCGAGCAGCUGCGCGAGCUGGAGGCGGAGGAGCGCGAGUGGCACCCGAGCCUGGCCGCCAUGCAGGAGUCGCUGCGGGCCAAGCGGCUGGAGGAGCAGCGCAAGCGGCAAGAGAGGGAGACACUCAUCGCCGAGCGCAUGGCCCAGAUGCCGCAGAUGAUCGAGAACUGGCGGCGGCAGCAGCAGCAGCGGCGGGAGAAGGCAGAGGCUGACAAGGAGCGGCGGGCAAGGCUGCAGGCAGAGGCCCAGGAGCGCCUGGGCUACCAUGUGGACCCCCGCAGCGCCCGCUUCCAGGAGCUGCUACAGGACAUGGAGAAGCAGCAGCGCAAGCGCCUCAAGGAAGAGAAAUUGAGACAGAAGAAAGAGGCAAGGGCGGCCGCGCUGGCCUCAAGCACCUCCACGGCCUCGAUCAAGGCCCAGGACCCUGGCACCACACCUGCCAAUCCUGACCAAUAAAAGGUGUUCCCCAA